GAGGCUGAUGAAAUGACCGAAUACAUGCGACAGAGAGAGAAUCAAGAGCACUGCAUCUCGUCUGGUGUUAUAAGGUAGAGGUGACGCCAGCGCAUGGCAAUUUUAUUUGGGAAAGCUUCCUGAAAAGGCAAUCAGCACUGCAAUGGUCGAAUGCAGCACGCAUCCACCAGACAAUAGUUUGCAUCCCCAUUCCGAGUAACUGAACCGCGAUAUCGAGAGUUGAGUAAAUGCUGCAAUUAUCUUAUCCGAUAGAGCGUCUAAAAGCAGAUCAGUCUUUCCCCGGAAUCACCUUCCAUUUCUGAACUGCCCUCCCACAACUACUCGUGUCAUACUCCGAGGCCUCUUUAUUUCUUUCCUACCUCUUCAUUUUUCAUUCAGGAAUUGAUACUCUCCCAACUUUACUGCAGCAACAUAAUUACAAUGGCGAAAAUCUUCUUGACGGGUGCCUCUGGCUACAUCGGCGGAGAUGUGCUCCACGCUCUCCGAUUAGCACUACCCAAGUGCGAAUACAGCGUCCUGCUGAGGGAUAAAGAGAAGGCAAAGAAGAUCUCGGCGGCUUAUCCUGAUGUGCGCGUGGUGGUGGGCGACUUGGAGGCCGCAGCUGUCAUCGAGAAGGAGGCCAGCCAAGCGGACGUCGUUAUCCAUGCCGCAAGCACAAACCACAUCAAGAGCGUCGAAGCCAUCGCGCGCGGCCUGUCAGCCGAGAACCGAGCGAAACCAGGCCACUGGAUCCAGAUCUCCGGCGCCAGCGUCCUCUCUAUGCCCGACAUCGAAAACAAAACCUUUGGGCAGGCGUCAUCAAGCGUCUACAGCGACCUCGACGGCGCCGAAGAAGUGCGGGCGCUAAUCAAGCGCUACUCCUCCAAGCGCAUCGUGGAUAACUUUGUCACUCAUCUGCCGCCGACGGCCAUGCGCCCUAGGACGGCUCUUAUCUUCGGCCCAAUUAUCUACGGUCGCGGCAGAGGCACGGGCAAUCGGCGAAGCAUUCAGAUUCCCGAGCUUGCGCGGGCGAACCUGCAGCGCCGGGAGGGCGUGCAGGUGGGCAAGGGAGAAAGCACCUGGAGUAAUGUUCACGUCGCCGACUUGAGCAACAUCUUUGUCAAGCUGGUGGAGAAGGCUCUGGGGGGUGCGGAAGGGGAGCUCUGGAAUGAGAAUGGACUGUACUUCCCUAUGAACGAGGGGAUGUUGUCGUUCAAUGAGAUUUCGCAACGCAUCGCACAGGAGGCCUACAACCUCGGCCUUGCAGACUCUACUUCUGUGACAGAGAUCGAUCCUAGCGACGCGGACUCUAUCACGCCCCAUGCCGCGGUUGUUCUUGGUACCAACGCCAAGCAGGUGGCUCAGAGAGCGCGCAAAUACCUGGGCUGGGUGCCGGAACAACAUACGUUGGAAGAGGAGCUUCCGCUGGCAGUGCGAGCUGAAGCGGAGAGAUUGGGCUUGGCAGAUACUUCUAAGCUGUAAACAGAUUUCAACCAAGUCAUUUACAUUUUGCCCAAUUCUCUCCAUUUCUGACUGUAACUCCAACACCGAAUCGAAUUAUCGAGCGAGAGUGUACGGAGUAGAAGAUAAGAACCUCGGAUGAUCUCCGACUUCUUAUCAACCGCACUAACCCCA